CAUUUGCUCUAUUCGUUGAUAACGUUUAGUUUUAUAGUAAUCUGUUUUUUUACUUACCUGCCAUCCUCUGCAAGAAGAUGGGCUGCGACAUCAAGGUAGUAGUUGUCGGAGACACGAGCGUCGGUAAGUCUUGUUUACUGAUCAGCUAUACAACAAAUUCAUUUCCCGGCGAAUACGUACCUACCGUGUUCGAUAAUUAUACAGCGUUUGCUGUUGUAGACAAUGUUCCAGCCAACUUAGGACUUUGGGAUACAGCAGGAUCUAGUGAAUAUCGUACAUUACGCCCCCUAAGCUAUCCAGGCACCGACGUGUUCAUUAUUUGCUUCUCUAUAUUCCAACCUGAGAGCUUUAGAAACGUAUAUGAAGUUUGGUACAAAGAAAUAGAAGCCGCUUGUCCUAAUGUGCCUAUUUUGCUCGUUGGGACUAAGGCUGAUCUACGUUCUGUAAAAAGCGUGAUAGACGAACUAAAAACGAAUGGCGAGGAACCGAUCACGGUUGCUCAAGGCGAGCAUAUGGCACAAGAGAUAGGUGCCGUGAAAUACAUCGAAUGCUCUGCAAAAACUCAAAUGAAUUUAUCUUCAGUUUUUGAAGAGGCAGUGAGAUGUGUCAUCAACAAGCCUGCGAACAAAAAACAAGAAGAAAAAAAGAAAAAAAGCGAAAAAAAGAGUGGUAAAGACGAUUGUGUAGUAAGCUAGUAUUAGGCAUGUGAUAGAUACAACAAACGCAUCUUACUCCUCCCUAUUAUGUUGACAUAGGGCAAAUCAAACGUGUUGAAUAUCCACCGCUUGACCCAGCUUAUGCACCCGAUGUCAGACUGCAUAUAAAUACUAUAUAUAGACCGAAAUCAAUUUUAAUAUGGCCAUUUUAACCUUGCGAUAAUGAUAUCGCAUUUUAGCAUGUUGACCUGCAAACGAUAUAAACU